AUGGAACGGCGCAAGUCCCACUCCAAUAUCGGAGUAGGGAAAAUGAUCUUGGACAUCCUUCCUCGCAAAGUCGACGUCGACAGCGAGAAGAAGCUUGCACGGCACCCCAUCAUCGUUCAGCCCAAGCCUAUCGUCGCCUCGCUUCCCAGUGUACAUCUACCCCCCAGCUCCUCCCAGCCGGGCGAGACAUCAUUUCCCCGCGUUGUGGUCGUCAAUCCAACCCCGCAUCCGACGCCGCCGGCCACUCCUCAUCUGUCCCACCCUCCCAAUCUGACAGCUGCCGCCCACACAUCCACACAUCUUCUGCCGCCCCUACCGGCACGAUCCCUCGUAUCGGCGACUAUCGUACCCAUGCCGGCUUCGUCGCAGCAGUCCGUUCCGCCUACCGCCGCACCGACGCCGCAACCGCUGGCUGCUUCCUCGUCUACGUCGAAGCAGCCUUCGGCUUCGGCAGGGCAGACCGCUUCCAAGACCAAGGCAUUCAAUGACGAGACGCUCAAGGCGUCUGACCGCCGGUUCUUCCUACAGGAUACUGGCUCGCCGGAGGUGGAGUCCCCCGAGCGCGCACCGUUGAACUCCUCGGAGACCAAGCCACAGAGUCCGAGCAGCGUCACGUCCAGUCACGCGAAGUCGGAGGUGGCAGGUCCCAGCGCUGCUGCGGCGAAACGCCCACGCGUCCAGGUGCGCAAGAGCAAGGAGCGACACGUGCCCGUCAGGCCAGCGCUGCAGCGGCUGCAUUCGCACGGGGUCAGGCAGGCCUCGCAGCAGAAGAAAGCUUCCGCCCCUGAGCCGAAGAAGGCAGCGUUCAACAUUGGCUCGACGUCGUCCAACGGCUCCCGCGGGGGCCCCUCGACGAAGGCGCCGAGCCAGAAUGGCGACGCCGUCGUUCGGACGCGGCCAUCAAGCCCCGCGCCUCCCGCGAAGCAGGCGCCCCCGCCACAAGCUAGCACUAGUCGCGCGGGGCCGUCGCAACAGCGGCGUGGGAUCAUGAUAAGCACGUCAUCUGAGUACGACACAACGGACACCGAGAACGACUCGGACUGGGCGUCCGAGGCAGACAGCGGGGAAGAGCGCAGCAAGGCCAAGAAGGGCAAGACGAAGGCGCAGGCGGCGGAAGAGGCGCGGUUGCGCGUCGCCGCGGAGGAGGCCCAGCGCCAACGCGACAUGUUCGCGAAGGUGCCAAAGCGGUCGUACUCGAACCUGAACAGGGCACCGUCUGGGCUGCUAUCGCAGCUGCUCAACCCUGAUCCGGGCAUCUUCCCGCCCAACCACCCGUACCGGUCAACGCGGUCGACGCAGGAUAUGUCGCACCUGGCGCGGCAAGCUCCCGCAUCGAAGCUGCAGAUGAGCAAGAGUUCGGUGGCGGUUCCGCUCGCCGCGCAGGUCACUGCGCAGGCGCCCGUCACUCCCGCGGAGCCUGCUGUUCGUCCUGGAGGCGGCUAUAGGUUGAAGGGCCGCCCGCAAGAGGAAGAGCUGGAGGACACCGAGAGCGAGGACGAGAACCCUGACGAUACCAUCCAGGUCUCGCGGAGUCUCGCCCAGCAGAAGCUCGCCGCUCUCGCGGACCCGAAUCGGAGGCGGAGCUCGGAUCGCGGCGGCUUGCUCUCUCAGCAGAAGCCUCAACAGCACCAGCAUCUGCCUCAGCACCCGCACCCGCAGAUGCAGCAGAGGGGCGAGCGAUCCGGGUUGACCGCCGUUGCGUCAGCCCCGAUCCCGCUGAAUCACCCGUACAACCUGCCCCCGCCCGCGCCGCCGAUGACACCGCGCACGACGCGGCGCCAGAUGCUGCAGACGGAGCUCUCGGAGAGCUUACGGCGGAACCUGCUGUGGGAGCGGCAAGUGAGCAACAGGAAGCCGCGCGGCGUGCUUGGCAACGCGCUGAGGCCGAUGACCUCGAUGAACGGGGACGGACCGGCAGCCGCACAGCAGCCGCCUGCAUCGAAGCGUGCCAGCACGGGCGAUCCGCAAGUCCAGGGCCAGUUCCAAGGGCAGCAGCUCAAUACGGAGGACCAUGCUGAGCGGCGGCGGGCAGCAAUGGCGCGGAACCGCAGCUGGGCGGACGACUACCACUAUUCGGGGUGGUAA